UGUCUUGUUGUCUUUUCAGGUACAACUGUGGAUUCAACUACAUUUCCCCCUUUAACAAUUACCCUUACAACUUCUAACACCCAAAGUACUUUGGAUGCCCCUAUCCUCAUUACAACCAACAUUACAACUGAUCCCCCCAUCACCAACACAACCAACAAUACAGCUACUUCCACAAUCACCACCACAAGCAACAUUACAACUGCUACCUCCAUCCCCACGAUAACUAAAGAUACAAUCGCUAUCACCAUCACAAACAACAUUACAACUACUAAUAUCCACACUACAACCAACAUUAAAACUGCUCAACCAAUUGCCACCAUAACCAACAUUACAACACCUUCAAAUUUUCCCAGUACAAACAAUAGUCCAACUGCUCUUACUAUCCCCACAACAACAAAUAUCAAAAGUGCUCCCACUAUUCCCACUGCAACUAACAUUACAACAGCUCCAACUGAUCCCACCACAACUAACAGUACAACAGUUCCAACUAUUACCUCCACAACCAACUUUUCAACUGAUUCAACUAAUCCCACCAUUACCACCUUCGAAACUGAUCAAACUAUCACCACCACAACCAACAUUACAGCUGCUCCAACUAUUCCCACCACAAGUAACAUUACAAUUACUCCAAUUGUUCCCACCCCAACCAACAUCACAACUGCUCCAACUUUUCCCACCACAAUCAACAUUAUAACUGCUCCAACUAUUCCCACCAUAAGUAACAUUACAACAAUUCCAAAUUUUCCCACCACUACCAACAUCAAAACUGAUGAAACUUUUCCCACCACAACCAACAUUACAUUUGCGCCAAUUGUUCCCACCACAACCAACAUUACAACAACCCCAAAUAUUACAGCCACAACUAACUUUUCAGCUGCUUCAACUAAUCCUACCACUACCACUAUCAAAAUUGAUCUAACUAUUACCACAACUAACAUUACAACAGGUACAAAAUUUCCCACCACAACCAACAGUGCAAUUGCUCAAAUAGUUCCCAACACAACCAACAUUACAACUGCUCCAACUAUCCCCACCACAACUAAUAUUACAACGGCUCCAACUACUCCCUCACCAAGUAACAUUACAACAGCUCCAAGUUUUCACACCACAACCAACAUUACAAUUGCACCAAUUGUUCCCACCCCAACCAACAUUACAGCUGCUCCAUCUAUUCCCACCACAACCAACAUUACAACAACCCCAAAUAUUACCGCCCCAACUAACUUUUCAACUGCUUCAACUAAUCCCACCACUACCAACAUCAAAACUGAUCAAACUUUGCCCACCACAAUAAACAUUAAAACUGCUCCAACUAUUCCCACCACAAGUCACAUUACAACAGCUCCAAAAUUUCCCACCACAACCAACAUUACUACUGCUCCAGCUAUUCUCACUAUAACCAACAUUACAACAACCCCAAAUUUUACCGCCACAACUAACUUUUCAGCUGUUUCAACUAAUCCUACCACUACCACUAUCAAAAUUGAUCAAACUAUUACCACCACAACUAACAUUACAACAGCUACAAAUUUUCCCACCACAACCAACAGUACAAUUGCUCAAAUAGUUCCCAACAUAACCAACAUUACAACUGCUCCAACUAUUCCCACCAAAACUAACUUUUCAACUGCUUCAACUAAUCCCACCACUAUCAACAUCAAAACUGGUCAAACUAUUACCACCACAACUAACAUUACAACAGCUACAAAUUUUCCCACCACAGCCAACAGUACAAUUGUUCCCAUCAAAACUGCUCCAAAUAUCCUCACCCCAACCGGCAUCACAACUGCUCCUACUAUCCCAAUUUCAACUGCUCCAAUUUUCCCCAUGACAAGCAAAAGUACAACUGUUCCAAAUUUUCCCACCACAACCAACAUUACAAUUGCUCCAACUAUCCCCACAACUAACAUUACUGCCGCUCUAACUGUUCCCAGCACAACCAAUAUAAAAACAGCCCCAACUAUUAUUACUAUUCCCACCAUAACUAACAUUACAACAGCUCCAAAUUUUACGACCACUACUAACAUUACAAUUACUUAUACUAUCCCCACUACAGCCAACAUUAAAACUGCCACUAAUGUUCCCACCACAACCAACUUUACAAUUUCUCCAACUAUUCCAACCACAACCAAGAUUUCAACUGCUUCUACUAUGUUUUCUACAACCAAAGAAACAGCUGCAGCUUUCACAGUCUUCUCUACAGCAAAAGCAGUAACAACAGUCACCACCACUACAACUAGCACAAGCACUACAUCUUCAACUACAGCUAUACCAAUCAAAGAAGUGGCAUUAUCAGUCACACUAGACAUGGAAUACAAACCAGACUAUAACAAUAAAGACAGCAUUGCAUACAAAGACCUUGAAUCACGCAUUAUUCCAAUAUUACAGAAGCAGUAUGGUGGCAUAAAAGGAUUCAUUAGUGUUUUUGUGACAAGAUUCAGAAAAGGAAGCGUGAUCAUAGACUUUACUGUCAAGACAUCUCAAAUUGAUGGGACUAAAAUGACUGAGGCAAAUAAAAAUCUAACAGGAGCCUUGAGGGAAAUUGCCCCAGUCAUUGAAUCAGCUGUUGCACAGUACUAUAGCCCUACUAACUUGGUUUCAUCUGCUGCCAUCACCUAUACGGGUCAAACGAUGAUGCUGACAUGUGGCCCCCCUGAUUUUAAUAUUGGAACAAUUUCCCAAAAUGUCUGGAAAUUUAAAGAUUUGCCGAUAAACUCAAUUAGGUUUAAAAGUUCAUCUGAUGGAAAUCAGUCCACUCUGACGGUCAGCAAUGUCAUUCUUUCUGAUGCUGGACUCUAUACAUGCAUUCUGAUGGGAGAAUAUGUUUAUUUCCAUCAAAACAAAACACUGUCACAGGAAAACAUCAGAGCAGCUCCUGUUGUACAAGUCAAGAGUGAAAUACCUGUCAAGUGCCAAGUAAAUCAGAUACAGUCACUCGAGUGUUGUGUGCAGUCCCCCUUCACAGUCAAAUGGUAUAAUAGUUCGGUCGCAUUACUUUCAGAUUCCGUUGGAGGCAAAAAUUGUACCAAGUACAAUUAUAAAAUGGAAAACUGCAAUACCCCAACAACAAAAACCUUCACAUGUAAAGUUGAAAACAUUUCUUUAAUUUAUGAAGCAAAAACAAAGCUGACCAUUUUUGUAGAAGAUGUUAUAUGUAAAAAUAAUAAGUAUGGAGAUGGUCGUAUAGGCGACAAAGUUGGCAUAAUGUGUGGUGAAGGUCUAGAGGGGCACACAAUUGUUCAGUGUCAAGAACCUGGAGUGUGGAAACUUGUGGAGGACACCUGCAUUAUAACAAUAAUCAAGGAAUUGUUAACUCAGUCAAAGGACUUGGUAAAUGAUGAAGUAAAGAACUUUACAGGAGAUCUGAGAACAGCUGUCAUGGAAAAACAACAUCAAAUUUCUAACUCAUCUUCAACAAUAUCAGCUAUUGUAAAUAUGCUAACUACCAUUGCAACUGUUUCAACAGAAAUCAAUAAAGUUGUUAUGGAGAAUGUUCUACAAACUGUUGACUUCAUCAUUAGUGAUGGUUCAAAAGAGACUUGGAUUAGUCUGAAUUCAAAUCUAACCAACAAUUCCAGCUCAGAGCUACUGGGUUCGAUGGAGACCAUUUCUGAAAAACUGAAUGGGACAUUUGACAUAGCAACUCAAAAUAUCCAGCUCAACAGAACCAUGUUCAGCAACUAUUUGAAUGAGGAACUGAACUCUACCGUUUCCAUUAAUUUAGAAGAUACAGCCCUUAACAAUGUCUUUAUCACCACACUGGUUUUCUCUACCCUUUAUAAUGUGAUGCCAACACGAAACUCCAUGUUUAACUUCACCUAUUUCAAUACUAGCGGCAAUGAAACGGACAAUGGAAAUGCCAUCAACGCAGCAGUGCUGCUUGUCAAAUUAGAUAAAACAAAUGUUAACGUCAGUCUGAGCUACAAAAAGCACAACACAAGCCUGUCACAGAGUCCUCAGUGUGUAUUCUGGAAUUUUAGCCUCUUUGAUAAACUUGGUGCUUGGGAUAAUGAGGGAUGUGAGUUUGUGUCUGACAUAAAUGGCACAGUAACCUGCAACUGCAGCCAUCUCACAUCAUUCUCAAUUCUCAUGUCAACUAGUAUUCCUCCAGAUAAGAGCCUUGCCUUGGAUAUAAUCACUUAUAUUGGAGUUGGGAUUUCUCUGGCCAGCUUAGUCAUGUGUCUCGUUAUUGAAGGAAUUGUGUGGAGAGCCCUAACCAAAAACAGUACUGCCUUUAUGCGUCACGUUUCCAUUGUUAACACUGCCCUGAGUCUCUUGAUGGCUGACAUUUGUUUUAUUGUUAGUGCAUACGUUGCAAAUAACCUUUAUGACAAUCCAAAUCGGUACAAAGUUCCAAUAGCACCAUGCAGUGCAGUAACCUUUUUUAUGCACUUUUUCUACCUUGCAUUGUUUUUCUGGAUGCUUGUGUCAGGCCUCCUGCUCCUUUACAGAACAGUCAUGGUCUUCUCCCACAUGUCCAAGUGGAUCAUGUUGGCCCUCGGCUUCCUUCUGGGAUACGGUUGCCCUCUGAUCAUAGCUGUGAUUACAGUUGCUGUCACAGCACCUAAGGGUGGAUACAUCAAAGAAGAUCAAGCUUGUUGGCUGAACUGGUCUGAGACGAAGGCUCUACUGGCCAUGGUGAUACCAGCCUUGACCAUAGUUGUAAUCAAUAUUUUUAUCAUCAUUGUAGUCUUGUUCAAAAUGUUGAGAAGGCGUAUGGGAAAGACAGUCCAGGCAGAUGAAAACCACACCCUUGUGGUCAUAAUAAGAUGUGUGGCUAUCCUGACUCCUUUAUUUGGACUGACCUGGUCUUUGGGAAUUGGAACCAUGGUGUCACCAACAAAUGAUGGAAUCCACAUUGCAUUUGCUUUCUUCAACUCAUUACAGGGCUUCUUCAUUUUAGUAUUUGGGACACUAUUCGAUUCUAAGAUUCGUUCCCUGAUCUCAAGACUUGUACCUACUCUCAAUAGUGGAUCAAAGCCAACCAAAAGUACUACUGCUGGAAUUUCCUCUUUCAGUGGACUCAAGAUUUUUAAUCGAUUUUGUGGUAAAAGGCAUAUCUACCAUGUUUCUCGGGUUGCAAACUCAAGCAACAGCAGUGGUGCAUCAGAGUCAUUUA